CGAGCUGGUGGCGCCAUGUUCAGCGUCGCGCGUGAGCCCGCAAAGAACCCUCCUCCUAUUGGCUCUCAGCGACGGGGCCGCGAUGUAAGCGGCAUACCUAUUGGUUCUCUUUUAACCUCAGGGAGCGGCGGUGUCGCGCGGCCCGCUGGGAGUCGUAGUGCGGCGCCUCGUGCCGGCCCUGCCCGCUGUGCUCAGUGCGCAGGCGCGGGGCGGCGGGCGCUGCCCGGUGCCGUGAGGGCGGCGGGAACCGGGCAUGGCGGCGGGCGGCGGGGAGCGGGCGGCAGGUUCGGAGCAGCAGGGAUGAGGAGCCGGCAGCGGAUGUUUGCGGCGGUGAUGCGCCUGCUCCUCAAGUGCCUGCGGCUGGGCCGGCGGCGGCGCUUUAAGCUGGUUCGGCAGGCAGGGCAGCUGUGGCACUAUGGGCACCUCUGCCUCCGCUCCCUGCUCUACAAUUCCUUCACCAACGGCGACGUGGUGCUCGACUCCCUCUUUGAGCCCAUCUACUGGCUGGUGGACCACGUCACCCGCUGGUUUGGUGUGGUGUUUGUGGCACUGGUGAUAGGCUUGACAAGCUCCAUUGUGGCCAUCGUAUACAUCUGCCUGCUGCCCCUCAUCCUGCAGACAUACACACCUGCGUGGAUCUGCUGGCAUCUUGCUUACGGACACUGGAACCUCAUCAUGAUAGUCUUCCACUAUUACAAGGCCAUCACCACUUCUCCUGGGUACCCACCGCAGGUGAGGCUGAGCCUGGGCACCAAUGAGCAGCACAGCCUCUUGCAGCUGGGCACUAGGUACCAGGCCAAGAACGACCUCACUGGCGUCUCCAUCUGCAGGAAAUGCAUUGCCCCCAAGCCGGCUCGCACCCACCACUGCAGCAUCUGCAACAGGUGUGUGCUGAAGAUGGACCACCACUGCCCCUGGCUCAACAACUGUGUUGGGCACUACAACCACCGCUACUUCUUCUCCUUCUGCCUCUUCAUGACCAUGGGCUGCAUCUACUGCAGCAUCAGUGGCUGGGACAUGUUCCGGGAUGCAUAUGCAGCUAUUGAGAGAAUGAAACUGCUUGAGAAGGAGAGACUGCAGGUGGCCGCCAACCAGACGUAUUACCAGACCCCACCACCCACCUUCUCCUUCCGCCAGCGAGCUUUCCACAAAAGUGUGGUCUACCUCUGGGUCCUGUGCAGCUCAGUAGCAUUGGCCCUGGGUGCCCUCACAGUGUGGCAUGCUGCCCUCAUCACCCGUGGGGAAACCAGCAUUGAGAGGCACAUCAAUAAGAAGGAGAGGCAGCGCCUGCAGAAGAAAGGCAAGGUGUUCAGAAACCCCUACAGUUACGGCAGCUGGGAUAACUGGAAGGUGUUUCUGGGAGUGGACGUGCCAAGGCACUGGCUCACCCGUGUCCUGCUGCCCUCUCCUCACUUGCCCCAUGGAACAGGCCUGAGCUGGGAGCUGCCUCCCUGCAUGACCAAGCAGCGCACACCACUCCUGGCCAUCUGAGGCCCGGGUGCUGCGGCAGUCCCUCCCCGCUGGCAGGGGAGCACACAGGGAACCCACUCCACAACCACGGCUCAGUUUGGCCCAAGUGGCUGGUGGAAGGCAGGUGCUGGCACACACCUCUUACCAGAGUCAGAGCUCUGGGAAGUAGAACUUCAGUCAAGGCCUGGUUGCCUGCUCUAUUAGCACCUCAGUGGCUGCAGGCAGCCCUGGGGAGGGGGGCAAAACAGCUGCUCCCCAGUCUCAAUGAAGGUACUUUCCUCUCUACGCAUCAGUAUGGGCCAGCACAGGGCCCGGUGUGGCUCAAUGACAGGGCAAGGGGCAAAGGAUGGCUUACCUGCCCCCUAAGCAUUCCCCAGGGAAACUUUUUAAGAGCAUCCAAUAAAGGUGUUUGUUUUUUUUUUUUUAAUAAAAGGAUGUUUGGCUCAUUUCCA